AUGAAGUCGCUCGCCGCCCUCGCCUCCCUGCUGGCCGUCGCCACGGCGGCCGUCCCGCAGGGCACGCCUACCAAGGCCUCGUACGACGGCCACAAAGUCUUCCGCGUCAUGGUCGGCACUAAGCCGCAGCGCGUGACCGACGUCGUCGACCGGCUCGGCCUCAGCUUCUGGCAGGAACCCACGCGCAAGGGCGCCUUUGCCGACGUGGCGGUGCCGCCGGCCCGCGUCGACGAGUUCCGCAAGGAGCUACAGGGUCUCGAGCUCAUCACCAUGCACGAGGACCUCGGCAAGUCGAUUGCCGAUGAGGGCGUCUUCCACAUCUAUGCCGAGGGCUCGGCCAACUCGACGUGGUUCAACUCGUACCACGCGUACAGUGACCAUCUGCAGUUCAUCAACGACCUGGCGUCCAAAAACCCGAGCAACGCCGAGGUCGUGACGUCGGGCAAGUCGCUGGAGGGCAACUCCAUCACCGGCAUCCACUUCUGGGGCAGCGCCGGCAAGGGCAAGAAGCCCGCCGUAGUGUUGCACGGCACCGUCCACGCGCGCGAAUGGAUUGCUUCCAUGGUUGUCGAGUACUUUGCCGACACCCUCCUGGGCGGGUACAAGAAUGACAACGGCAUCAAGGCCCUUGUGGACAAGUACGACUUUUACUUGUUCCCCAUUGUCAACCCUGAUGGUUUCAAGUAUACGCAGACGCGCGACCGCAUGUGGCGCAAGAACCGGCAGCGCACCGCGGGCUCCAGUUGCCUCGGCCACGACAUCAACCGCAACUGGCCGUACAAGUGGAAUGGCCCCGGCUCGUCGACGGACCCGUGCGCCGAGAGCUUCCGAGGCGCGUCGCAGGGCGACGCGCCUGAGACCCAAGCACUGUCAGGCUUCCUCAAGCAGGUCAAAAGCGCCCAGGGGCUGAAGCUGUACAUUGACUACCACUCGUACUCGCAACUGUUUAUGACUCCGUACGGAUACACGUGCGAUGGUGUACCACCAAACAACGACGAGCUGCAGUCGCUGGCCCGCGGCGCUGUGGCUGCCAUUCGCUCAGUGCACGGCCUCUCGUUCGAUUACGGCCCUAUCUGCACGACAAUCUACCAGGCGUCGGGUAGCAGUGUCGACUACGUUGCCGACGUGGUCAAGGGCGAAUACACCUUUACGUCGGAGCUCCGCGACACGGGCCGGUACGGCUUCGUGUUGCCGCCGGACCAGAUUGUGCCGAGCGGCGAGGAGGCGUUUGCGGGCUUCAAGUAUCUGCUGGAGAAUAUGAAGUAG